CUCUCUCUCUCUCUCUCUCUCUCUCUCUCCCUCCCUCCCCCCCCCUCCCUCUCUCACUGUCACUAACACACACACACUACAGAGGAAUAUACUGAAAGAUCCUCCCGGACUACAUUACUGAUAAACAGACCCGAACUCAGGGACUCUAUCACUUAUGUCGUGUUAAUGUUGGAUGUUAAUGUACAUGAGGAUAACUUCAGCAUGACUCUGGCAUCAAGACUCAACCGCUUUCUUCUUCUGAAGACACUUUUCCUGCACUUAUUACUAGUUGCCAUAAUGGCAGAGGAAAGAAGAGCAUGCAGCGAGCAGGAAUACAAGGAUCAGUUCGGGAACUGCAUUGCCUGCAGGCAGUGUGAUGCAGGACAAGAAUUAUCAAAGGAAUGUGGCUUCGGCUAUGGAGAGGAUGCCCAUUGUGUGCCCUGCAAGGUUAGCCGCUUCAAAGAGGACCAAAGUUCGCAGAAGUGUAAACCAUGCCUUGACUGUGCCAACCUCAACCGAUUUCAGAAAGCCAACUGUUCCAGCACCAGGAACGCUGUGUGUGGUGAAUGCCUGUCUGGGUUUUACAGGAAAACAAAGCUAAGUGGAUUUCAAGACAUGGAGUGUAUCCCGUGUGGAGAUCCACCACCCCCUUAUGAGCCACAUUGCAUUGGACGUGUGAAUCUGGUGCCCAUCCCUUCAACAGUGACGAGCCCCAGAGACAUGGCACUGGCUGCAGUCAUCUGCAGCGCUCUGGCCACUGUCCUCAUGGCUCUGUUUAUCCUUUGCAUCAUCUACUGCAAGAGACAGCUUCUGGAAAAAAAGCCCGCAUCGCUCAGAUCUCAGGAUGGUUCCUUGAUUGGAGCUGAGUUGUCGUAUUUGGAUCGACGACAAGCACUGGACUUUUCCCAGCGGUCCUGCUGCUACUGUCAGCACAUCCCUGAGCAAACGUGUGCAGGUCCUGUGCAUCUGCUUCCCUCCGUGUGCUGUGAAGACACAUGUGGCCAGAGACUUGGCCGAGACAACAGUCCCUUUCAGUCACAAAGCAGUCUGAACGAGAGACUUGUACGGCAGUCAGCAUGGAACAGCCAGUGUGAUUUCGAACAAGCUGCUGAACCUCUUCCUGUGGAGUUCUCAGAGGAAUUACCACUCAUGGAGAAGGCAGUGGACAGGACUCAUCUCAGGCUACAGCCCACAAAUAGCAGCAACUCUUCCUCUGAGGAAGAUAUGGACGAACUAAGCUCCACUAAGCUCUCUUCCGAGCUUUUACAGGAUGGCAGCUGUUUGGUAGAGCAACAUCUGUCUACAGUGGAAGAGUGACCUGGCUUUAUCUAGCUCACGUUCAUCCCUGAGAACUGCCCUGGAUGUGAAAAGGAGGCACCGAGGAAGAUUCCAGCUCAGAUUAUAUGAGGCCACACACACACAUGCACAUCCUGAAAGCCAGGUGAUGUGGUCUAUCUCCCCAGCAGCCAGUGGCCCAUGGUUAUCCAGCUUAAAUCAGACCAGACGCUGUACAUAAACAUUAUCAUGACCCAUAAAAUACCCAAAACAGACUGGGGAACCCAAACAAUCAACAGAAAAAUCUUCCCCACACUGAAUUGGACGUGACCUGUAAAGAGUUAUGAUAUGAAGCUGAAUCGGAUUUUUUUUUUUUUAAUUGCAAACAGGACUUUCUGCAUGGAAAUAUUUUGAAGACCCAUGACUGUAAAAAAUCUGAACACAACUGAAAGACAUUGCUGUGGCAUUUUCUAGUUUCUUUACCCUCUUGUAGAUACUGUAUUAUAGAAAAUAGAAGGAUAAUAUUUUUCUAAUGUAGAUAGUCCAAGGUCACAUUUUCAUAAUUACAGUUAACGAGCACUUGAAUUCAUUGCUGAAAGUAAGGAACUUUAUUGCUCUUCAUAUUUGUAAAUAAAUAAGCAAUGAUCACGGAAUUGAACAAGAGUCAUACAUACAUGAAAAUCUAUUUUAAAUUUAAUAAACUUUUACAAACAUAAAUCGAUACAAAAAUGUGAAGCUCUGGAAUUUACCUGGAAUUUAAUGUUGUUGGUUAUGGUCUGUACAGCAGUCUGCAAUCUACAGCAGUUUCUUUUUUUAUUAAGUCUAAAGGAUUUUCUGGAAAUCCCCAGAAAAUUCUCAACAAGAAUAUUACAAUAAAAA